GCUUCUGCCACACGCGGUUUUGUUGUACCACAAGUAAAUUUGUCUUGGCCCCGAUUGUAACGUCCAACUCCAACUCCAUAUUACAAAUAAGUGUACACAAUAAAAUGCGAGUGCGAAUGCAUUAAAAAAUAAAAAGAAAAAAAUAAGAUAAAGUGAAACAAAGAAAAGCCCUGCCAAAAGUCAAAAGCCAAAAGCCAAGAAAUCAACGUCCAACUGGAAAGAGCCCACUUCGCACAGACAGUGAAGGAUUGUCUGCUGGACAUGCUGGUGCUGCCAACUGUGCUUGAGACCAACUCCGCCCUAUUUUGAGCUGCAACUUUGACAUACAAAUCGCUGCUACUGCUGCUGCUGCUGCUGUUUCUGCUCUGCCGCCUGGCCAUGGGUCGCAGCCCGAUAUCUUGCCCCUGAUCCCACGAUCGAAUUAACAAAAGAAAAAACUAGCUAAAAGCGAAAAUAGUGCAGUGUAGAGCACAAUGAGUGGAGCGGGAAAUGGCAGUGACGCCAGAGACGUUGUGGCUGCAGCGGGAGGUGGAGCUGGUGGCGUUGCCGGAAAAAUUGGAAUUGGAAUUGGAAUUCGAGUUGGAGUUGGAGCUGGAGCUGGAGGCAUGGAAAGCAGUGCACUACAUUCGCUGGAUAACUAUGAUGUGGCCUAUGAUGGCCAGGAGCAUGAUGACACCAAAAGCGUCUCUCAUCUCGAUUGGCCAUUUUUAAUUAAGGGCAUCCUGGAGAGCAGCCAGACAUGUUCACCCACAAGCCCAGACACGCUGGCCGCACUCCUCUGGGCCAUCAUGGCCGUGUUUGGUAUUGUUUACGCUCUGCUGGGCUAUCGCUGCCUGCGCGCUGUUGGCUUCCUUAGCGGACUGAUGGUGGGCGCCAAUGCCAUAUUCAUUUUACAGGACUUUCAGAUAACGUGGCUGGGCAAGCCGGCCGACUCGGCUCUGGCCAUAGUUGCCGGACUGCUCGGCGCCGUUCUCGGCUCCACAUAUCCAGUGGCCUCUGUGCUGAUCAGCGCUUUUGCCGGUGCUCUCCUCUCGGGCGCUGCAAUGGCCGUCUGUGUGGCCACCAUGCCGGACAACGAGUUUGGGUAUCGCGAGAUUUAUGUGGCUAUUGUAGGUGGCGCCGUCAUUUGCUCAGUGCUGACGCUGUGCUGUGUCAAAUAUGUGACCAUAUUGACAUCCAGCAUUGUGGGCACAGCGAUGAUAAUUGGGUCCAUUGAUUUUUUCAUGCAUAGCUUGGAGACGAUUAACUGGAUACUCAAUAUGAAGCCGCAUCCAUCGCCACCGCCCUGCUAUGGCGGACUGCUAAUCACUGCCUGGCCGGUGACCAUUGUGAUUAGCAUUAUGGUGCAGUGUUUCAUCACAGCUUGGCGCGUGGAUCAUCGCAAACGCAUCUAUAUGCGACACCAUCAGCAACAUCCCCAUGGACCGCAUAUAGCGCACGGCCAGCAGCCGGCACCAGGCAAUCCCCAUGUGCCCAUGCGGCGGGCACAGUCGCGCACCCGGGAGACACGCGAGGAGGCACGCCAGCGCAAAUUCCGCUAUCUGUAUCAGGUUCGCACGGCACGCGGUGACAUCAUAUCGCAGAACUUUGUCUCGGCACUGCAGAAGCGCAUUCAAUUGAGCGGCACGGAGACACCGUCGGAACGUUCAAUCAAGACGAGCUCCAAUGAGCGCAACACUUUCCGCAGCGAUCGCACCCACUUCACCACCAUCCACGAUCCGGAGCUGUGCGACAAGAUCGAAAUCGUACGCGACAUUGGAUAACAAACAAGCAAUAGCUACAUGUAACUAUAUCCGUAAGGGGGAAACAGCGAGCGAGUGCGUUUAGAUACAGGUCAGAGGACACAGGUCGGGGGCAACUAAACGAGCAGAGAUGGACACAUACGGAUUUAGUAGAGCAUGUAGCUAAUGGGUUUUAAGCAGCGACACGCACAGUAAAAACAGCUGCAAGCAAACAGACACAAAAAUCUUGCGAACGUGGUAAAGAUAAAAGAUGCCAACUUGGCAGAUGAACAAUGAACAAUGAAUAAUGAAUAAUGAAUGAUGAUGACGAAGAAGAAGCUUUAACUUGAUAACUACAGAAUACGGUUUAGAAAAGAUAGAUGGAGAGUAACAAUUGUCGGCUGAUUUCGCGGAAAGGUCUUAAAUGUAAUGCUGAUAUUUCAAAAAUAUCUAGACUAAAUCACAUAAAAAUCAACCGCGAAUAAGCUGGAUAGAAAACAAAAAGCCAAAACGCACAUUUCAAAUGGAGAUAUGGGAAUAUAGUGAACAAUAUACGAUAUAUGUAUGAGAGUUGGGCUGAAAAGUAUGAGAUCUAGACGAGAAGCGAUAGCCCCUGAAGUAAAUGCAUUUGGGGGAUUUGUUUUCUCAUUUUUACUAAGAUCGAUUACGUUUCAGCCCAACAUCUAAUAAGUAUAUGCAUUCCUAGCACUUUAAGAGCAUAUUCAACGUAGAUAUUUAAUUUAAAGGUAUUAUCAUAUAAAAAAUAAUAAACAAGAAACUCAUGUUCAAGUCUCGCUUAAAACAAAAAAAAACAAAACUAAAAUGUUACUAACAGGUAUAUAUAGACGAGUCAAAUAUAGCCGUGUUUCAUAAGUUAGAUUGACUUGCGUUCUUAUUAGAAAGUAAGAAAGUACACAGAAAAUUCGUGAUCGUAACGUAUAUCGCAGAGUGAUGAGAUAGGCCAGUUGGAAUAAAGCAUUGUUUCUCUUAAAUUUAAUAUAUACGAAAGGAUAUAUAUUAAAUCAUAUCUAAGUUUUGCGUAUUCCUCGUGUGCUCUCUGUAAACUGGAACUAAAACUAUAUUAUCUAAUACAAGCGCUUAAAACAUAAUCAAUAAUUGAGGCGCAACAAAAAAACAGAAGAACAUUUUACUACUGAUUUUGUAUCUGUGUUAUAAUUCUACGAGUUCAGCAUGUAUUUACCAAUUACAUUUACACGCAUAUACUUGAGCUAUAUAUCCACUUAUGUAUGUAUGUAUAUCAUUAUUCAAGCAUAGAAUUGCUCCCGAGCAAUGUUUAGAGAACUUAUUCAAUUUGUGAAUCGCUCUAAGAAUACCUAAAUAUAUAAGUACAUAGCAUGUACUAGUUACAACUGA